CUGACUCCCACCCCCUGACCCUCACCCGCUGAACCCCACCUCAGGCCAGAGCCGCGAUAACAAGGAGUCAGUGAUGGGAGGCGGGACAUUCCUAAUCUGCAGAGGGGCCAUAAGGAAUAUAAGAAGUCCGGUCAGCCCAGCCUGGCCCUCAGAGCCAACCUAGCAUAGAGACCCACACAUCUGCUAGAGAGAGCUGCGCUCAGCGCCCACGCCCACUCUUCUGGCUAGCCUUCACCCAAGCAGCAGAAGAGGACUUCAGAGAGGGAUUGAACACAUAAGCAGCUGCACACAUCAACCAGCUAACUAAUAAACAUGAAUCUCGAGGUCCCCAAGUUGGAGAUCAAGUCUGCCACCCGUGUCACUGGAGGCCCUGCAACACCACGCAAGGGACCCCCUAAAUUCAAGCAGAGGCAGACUCGCCAGUUCAAGAGCAAGCCCCCCAAGAAGGGAAUCCAGGGCUUUGGCGAUGACAUCCCUGGAAUGGAGGGCUUAGGCACUGACAUCACAGUAAUCUGCCCCUGGGAGGCCUUCAACCACCUGGAGCUUAGCGAGCUGGCCAAAUAUGGUAUCAUCUAAGUCAUCCAGACCUUCACCAUCCAUCCCACAGUCCUCUGCAUCCACCUCCAUCUACUUCAAGCCAUGCAUGUGCCUCGAGCACUCUCACUGGGUUUGACUAGAACUUUUAAACAUAAACCAAAGAAUAAAUAAAGAAAGAAAGAAAACGUUACAAAAAAAGAACCGUCUAAACUCUUAUCUAGAACCUAAAAGGGUUCUACUGCUGUUUCCGUUGUAGAACCCUUUGUAAGACCCCUUUUUUGCUACUAGGUAAAAACCUUUUUAGUUCCAGGUAGAACCCUUUUGGGUUUCAUGUAGAACCCUUUCCAUAGAGUAUUCUACAUGGAACCCAAAAGGGUUCUAUUUCUGCCUGGAACCAAAAAGGAUUCUACCUGGAACCAAAAAAGUUUCUCCUAUGAGGAAGGUCGAAGAACCCUUUUGGAACCCUUUUUUUCUAAGAGUGUAUCCAUCUUUCACUGGUUUCUUGUUUUGUUUCUGCUGCCAACGUUCACAUCAUACAAAAUGUCUGCUCAUGAUUAGGACUCUGUUCUGGUAUCGCUGUCUAUUGCAGCAACCGGCAGCCAUUUUGCCCUUCUCUCCUCCACCAUCUCCACGCGCUUCUCUUCUUCUAUCCUCUCCUUUACACGGAACACAACAAACAACACUUACGAAAACAAAGCAGCCUCAACCUUGAGUAAACAAACAAGUGACAUACUCGUGAAAUGGGUGGGUUCUCAUUUCAUGUGCCUCGGCACCUCUGCUGUCAUCAUAGACACCUGCCCAUCUAUGCGGAAUAUUACACAUAUAAAACAUGACUCCUGUAGAGAUGAGACAGCUGCUGGUCAUUGCUGAGCUGUAAUCUGUAAUCUGUCCCUGGAACAAUGUGGAUGAAGCUACAUCAUCCUCAUCCCACUCCCCUUUUCCCCUCCCUCACCUAUCCAUUAGUGGUACGCACACACACACACACACACACAACUUUAACAGAAGCAGGACUAUAACAUUCCAUCCUGUUUAACACUGGCAUACUCUUUACUUCUCCUUUUCUUAUACUGAUUUUCUAUAUAUUCUUUUUAUAAUAAAUGAUUUAUGACUAUCUUUAUUAUAUAUCAUAUACAGUACCAGUCAAAAGUUUGGACACACUUACUCAUUCCAGGGUUUUUCUUUAUUUUCUUACUAUUUUCUACAUUGUAGAAUAAUAGCGAAGACAUCAAAACUAUGAAAUAACAAGAGAGUGCAAAGCUGUCAUCAAGGCAAAGGGUUGUUAUUUUGAAGAAUCUGAAAUAUAAAAUACAUUUUGAUUUGUUCAAAUACUUUUGUGAUUACUUCAUGCUUCCAUAUGUGCUAUUUCAUAGUUUUGAUGUCUUCACUAUUAUUAUAUAGAAAAUAGAAAAAAUAAAGAAAACCCCAUAAAUGAGUAGGUGUGUCCAAACUUUUGACUGGUACUAUAUAUUCUAACUUAGUAUUCUCCGGGAUAGAAGCUUGUUUAAUGGCUUGGAAAAAACACCUUGUCAUUUGGAAUUUUGACUUCUGCUGCCUUUAGUUUUAUCCCAAGCAGCACGAUAUACAUGGGACAGUGGAGGCUGGUGGGAUGAGCUGUAGGAGGACAGGCUCAUUGUCAUGCCUGGAAUGGAAUAAAUGAAACAGAGUCGAAACAUGUGGUUUCCAUAUGUUUGAUGUGGUUGAUAUCGUUCCAUUCAUUUACAAUGAGCCCAUCUUCCUAUAGCUUCUCCCGCCAGUCUCCACUGACACGGAUUGGAGAUUAAUGCAACAUUACUACAAUGGAUGUAGAUGGCACUGACAGCCACUGCACAGAUUACCCACAAAUCUCAGAUGUCAAACUCAAUUCCAAAUGUGAUUGUCACCUGAUAAUCUACCAUGCUGUGAUUGGCCAGUAGUAGUUGGUGAUGUCUCGUGUUGUUGUUGUGCUUCUUUUGUGUAGGUUUUUCAUCUUCCCCAAUGCUCAUGUCUCUUUGACAUAUUAUAUAGUUGGGCGUGUAAUCUCUAUUUCAUUCAUCUCAUUAUUUUCAUUAUCAUGCUUACCAUCAUUUUGUUUUCUUUUGGUUCAUUGUAGUUUCAUAUCAAUUUCAAUUGUAUAUUUCAUUGAAUCAUAUUUCCAGAGAUCAAUGUACCCGUAUGGCCAGUUCCAUUUUAAUAGCAUAUAUCAUUCAUAGAUGUAGGUAUUAUAUGAUUGCAUGUUCUCUGUCUUAUACUUUGUCCACCGCAUGUUGGCAUUGUGUCCUGUGUGUAUUGUGUUUAUGCUGCAUGCUUGUCUUUUCAUUAUGUUCACUGCAGUUUGUAGUUGUGUACUCAUGUAAAAGACUAUCUUUCCUCUUCA